UCCGCGUUGUGUUUCAAAUCCGUGUUAUACCUGUCCGAUCGUGUGUCGUGAGUGUGAAUAGCAAUAAAUUUCUAUCUCUAUCUCUAUCUAUCUCUCUAUCUCUCUCUCUCCGUCUGUCUCUCCGGCGCCGCUGCAGCGGCGUGUUGCCUUCGUAGUACGUAUCCAUCCAACCAACCACCAACCAACCAACCAACCUACUACCUACACGCACACGUACCUCGUGUGCCUGGGCAGCACCGGCAGAACUCUCGAUACUCAACUCGCACCACGCGAGCGAGUAUAUUCACUGUGUGUGCAUCGGCAGCGGCAGCAGCAGCAGCAGUAGCAGCAGCCCAAGUUUCUCUCUCGGGCAUGUUGUCCGAGGAAAAGUCGAUGGCAAUCAAGAGAGGAAACCUCCUCGUCGCGCCCGCCGCCGCCACCGCCGCCGCCGCCGCCGCCUUCGUAUCGGGACGUCCGUCAAUCACCGCCGGCACGAACCGAUUCCUCGCCAGACUUUCAGGGAGGCGACGGCACGUGCGGAAGACAUCGGCAGGAACACCCGCCGCCGGCAACGAGGUGGAGGUGGAGGUGGCGAAGGAGGAGGAGGAGGACGAUGAGGGGGAUGAGGAGGAAGAAGAGGAGGAGGAGGAGGAGGAGGGAGAGAGGCGUGAUGCCUGCUGCAGCGGUACCCUGGUGCAUCGGGAAGAGCGAGGAUCGAGGAGCGAGGAUGCGGUGGAACGACGGAGAAACACCACCACCACCACAACUACUACAACUACUACAACUACAACAACUACAACCACUACUACUAACGUACCAAAUUCUACGAGCCUUAAACCCAGGCACGUCACAGAUGCCUGUGAUGAGGGUGAUGAUGAUGAUGAAUGCAACGUAACUAAUAUCGCAUCCUCAACCUCAUCGUCAUCGUCAUCGUCAUCAUGCUCCUCAUCCUACUCUUCCUUCUCAUGGUGUUCAUCGAGGACGAGAGGAGUUACCUGUCGGAUACCACCUUAUGUCGCUACCUUCAUACUUAUCGUCAGCUACACGCUGUUCGGCAUUGCAGAUGCAUGCUCGUCACGGUCUACGCCAAAGCCACGACCACCGAUGCCGACGCCUCGACCCAAUAUCACAUUCCACAUGUACCCGUGUCCGCAAGACUACGCGCAAUGGUAUUGUCUGAACGGAGCUACUUGUUUCACCGUUAAAAUUGCCGAAUCGCUUCUCUACAAUUGUUUAUGUGCGAACGGGUAUAUCGGGCAGAGAUGCGAGUUCAAGGAUCUGGAUGGUUCCUAUUUACCUUCGCGGCAACGUGUGAUGUUGGAAACUGCGAGCAUAGCGGGAGGCGCCACCAUAGCAGUAUUUUUGGUUGUUAUUAUUUGCAUAGCUGCAUACAUCCACUGUAAACGUAAACAAAAAGAGCUGCGCACCAGUAACUGUGUCGACACUGUCGAUGGACCAGGCCGGGAUCCAGAAAUUAGGCCGUUCAGUAACCACGGUCGUUCGCUGAGGAUUUUCAUGGCGAAAAAUUCCAACCACACUAACGGGAGUCCUUCCAUAGAACAAACUAAAAUGCCGGAGUGGAAUUACUCUUCACCCGAAUCGACGAGAAUGGCAUCGAUAAGCGAAGGGAAACGGUCAAACAAUCAGUAAGGGAAAUUGAAGGAAAUAAACUGGAAAGUUUCUUCCGGCGCUUAGUUAUCAAGCUGUCUUUAAUAAACUCUGUGACGAAAACCAAAAAGUGCUCUGACUGCUGCACCACUCACUUCUCGUGUUCGUUUCCUCAGCAUCUGUACGUUGCUAACUUUUGCUGAUCAGAACAUAGACCGUCCCUUCGAUAUGCAAUCAGCGAACGCCCAAAAAAAUAAACACAUGCGCGCAUGCUCUAAUCAGUGACCAAAUAAUUGUUAAUGAUGAUAAUUAUAUCGAAGCGCACAGAGGGUCCUUUUUUUCUACCUCUGUAUCGAGAGUGUUAGUCCGGAAC